GCAGGUACGGGCCGCGGAGUCUCUCUGAGCCCUAGGAAGCGAAUAAAUGGCCGGAGCUUCGGCGGUAUGCGAUGCUUCGCACUCCCGCGGGCUCGGACGGCGGGGCGCCGCGCGUCGGGUCCCAUUUUCCCCGGCUUUUUGGACUUGUCCCCUGCGGCUGGCCGCUGGAAGGGACAUCCAUCUUCCCGUCUCCGCCGCCUCCUGCUCGCCUCCGCAGCCACCCGGGCGCCCGACUAGAGCCAGGUGAUCCAUCUCUCUGUCAUCUGUGUUUGGACACUUCCAAAUAAUGGAGUUCCCUGAUUUGGGGAAGCAUUGUUCAGAAAAAACUUGCAAACAGCUAGAUUUUCUUCCCUUAAAAUGUGAUGCAUGUAAACAAGAUUUCUGUAAAGCCCAUUUUACUUGUGCUGCACAUAAAUGUCCCUUUGCAUUCACGAAGGAUGUUCAGGUCCCAGUGUGCCCACUUUGUAACAACCCAGUCCCAGUAAAAAAGGGAGAGAUACCAGAUGUGGUGGUUGGUGAGCACAUUGAUCGAGACUGUAAUUGUCAUCCUGGGAAGAAAGAGAAGAUUUUUACGUUCCGGUGCUCAAAAGAGGGGUGCAGGAAGAAAGAGAUGAUGCAGGUGGCUUGUGACCAGUGCCACAGGAGUUUCUGUAUUCAGCAUAGACACCCUCUGGAUCACAGCUGCAAGCACGGGGGCCGCCCCAUCGGCGCAGCCGGGUGCGCAGCUGCCCGAACCUCUGAAUCCAAGCCGUCGGGAGCGUUAAACGCACUGUCCGCCAGUUGGCUGGCUCGGCGACUCAGGUGGAAAGUAAAGAGGUGAUGGGACUGUGUCAGCCCACAGUGGCAUGGUGGCUUGUGUGUAUCACUGUAGCAGGGCAGGUAGUGUUGGCGCUGUGGUGGCUCUGUAUUCUCCU